CAUUCACCAUUCACCAUUCACCAACACCAACACCUCUAUCUUCCCUAUAUAUGCGCCCAAAGUCUUAUUUCCUUCACACGCAAACACACACUCUCUCUUCCCUCUUUCUCUUACAAAUUAUUACCCUUUUUCUCCGGUGAGUCUCAGAUUCCCUCAUUUUCUCGGGAUCCGCCGAUUCACCGCGUGAUCUUGGGUUUUUCUUUCUUUCUUUCUUUUUUUCUCGGUUCCGUUCGAUUCCAUUCCAUUCCAUUCCCCCUCUUACUUUAACUUUUUGAAAUUUUGAUUUUGAUUAUAUUGUUCCUCAGGGGGUUUGGUUUGGGUUGGGUUGGUUAGGUUUGAAUAAAUAAAUAAAUAAAAAGCAUCAAUGAGCGAUCAUUUGGUGCUGUAUGUGGACCGUCUGGUCCGCCCCGUGCCGGUUGAGCCGCUGACCCAACACCCGGCUCAGCCCUCUCCUGAACCGGUCGAUGAGGGGCCCUCCGGUUCUUCUCCGGCGACGGAGGAGGACGAGGAGGAGCCGCUGUUACAGAUGGCGGAGUGUCGCAUUUGUCAGGAGGAGGACAGCCUCAACAAUCUAGAGUCACCCUGCGCCUGCAGCGGCAGUCUUAAGUACGCUCACAGAAAGUGCGUCCAGCAUUGGUGCAACGAGAAAGGAGACAUUAUUUGUGAGAUAUGUCAUAAGCCCUAUCAACCUGGUUAUACUGCCCCACCACCUCGCCCACAACCCGAAGAAACUACCAUUGAUAUAGGUGGAGGUUGGACAAUCUCUGGCACGCCUUUGGACUUGCGUGAUCCUCGACUCUUGGCAAUUGCAGAGGCAGAACGCCAGUUCUUUGAAGCAGAAUAUGAUGGAUAUGCUGCUUCUAAUGCCAGUGGAGCUGCAUUUUGUCGUUCAGCUGUUCUAAUUUUUAUGGCCCUUUUACUCUUGAGGCAUGCACUUUCUGUCCCGGAUGCUGAUGCUGAAGAUGAUCCAUCCACUUUUUUCUCUCUUUUCUUGCUUCGAGCUGCUGGAUUUCUUUUACCUUGCUAUAUCAUGGCUUGGGCAAUCAGUAUUUUGCAACGUCGCCGACAAAGACAAGAGGCUGCAGCACUAGCAGCAACCCAAGUUGCUUUCGUUCUACAAUCAGGGCAGCGAAGGGGUCUGCAGUUUGCCAUAACACCUGGACAAACAGUGAAUACACACCAGGAACAAGUGUAAUUUGUAUGUCAGUUUAUGUACCAAAAAUUUGCACCAUGUAAAGAAGGCUUGUUGAAAUGCCAUGCGUUGUUGUUCAUGAUUUUCUCAGCUCUAGUGUACGUACGUACAUUAUAGCUUGAGCGACUUUGAGAUGGUGGUUAAUAUUUUGGAAUUCAUAUGGCCUUUUCAACAAAGAACAUCCUCGUUUUAUAAUAUUGCUGCUUCACCAAUUCUUCGAAAGUUGUAGCAAUGUUAAUUUUAUUAGGAACAAGUCAUUCCGUGACGAAAAGGUUGAACCCGUGUCUCCAUAAUCAUUAUUAUGAUUGAAGCAACCAAACAGUAGAAGACAAACAAUUUGCAUUUGAUUUCACGAGAAUCUCUCAUCGACCAUCCGUGCUUGUUGGCUUUUUAUACUUUUUGCUUUGCUUUCAAACAAAAUGGCUUCUCUAUAGUCUUAUAGGGAUAUGUCAAA